AUGAUCACCAUGUACAAAUCUCGUAACAUUGGCCGGAUAAGACUCUAUGAACCAGACUAUUCUGUACUAGAGCCUCCCUGUUUGUCUGACAUACAAGUACUUGUAGGGGUGAGAAACCAGGAUGUUUAUCAACUACCCAAGUCUCACAUUGCUGCUGAAAUCUGGGUCAAAAACAACAUAAACCCAUAUUGGCCUAGAGUCCUAUUCAGAUGCAUAGGCGUUGGUAACGAUUUAAUCCCAGGACCAGGUGCCCAAUACAUUUUACGAGCCAUGAAAAACCUUCGCAAUGCUUUAUUGAGGCAUGGAUAUCUCUGCAACCAUAUCAAGGUCUCUGCAGCAAUUAGAGCUUCAUGUGCGUUUCCUAUUCAUCAUUGGCUGGAGCGUUCUCUGAAGAAUGACUAUGCAUUGUUUAGCUCUGAGAAUGUUGCUGUGAAGGAUGGAGGGUUGAGUUGUUUCAACCUGUUUGAUGCCAUUGAUGGUGCUUUGCAUGCAUUUAUGCAGAAAGCUGUAGCACCUGGUGUGGAAGCGGUGGUUUUAGAGUCAGGUUGGCCAUCAGCUGGAAAUGGAGAGUUCACGAUAGCGAAAAUGGCUAGAGUGUAA